AUGCAUUUGCUUAUGCUUGAAACAAACUGAUACAAGCUAAGCUAAUUUACUGGAUUUGCAAGAAACCAUAACAUAUCAAAUUAAGAAUCUUCUCUGUCUGGCAACACUGCUCCACCCUCUUAGCUUGUCUCUACAGACAUCACCCUCCCAAAAAAUAAAAAAAUCCAAAAUAGAAAUUAGAGAAGUUUCUUAAGUCAGAGUUGGGUAAUCCAAGCACGGUUGCAGAUUUUCUUCACUAGCAGUGUCUAGUAAUAGAUCUCUGUCCACAGAAACGCUUCUCUGCUCAGUCUCGUCUCUCAUUUGUAACAAAGAUCUUUAACUCUCACUUAACCUAACUUGUAAUGUUUCAUUCCAUCAUGGUAAGCACUUCCAUUCUCUGCACUUCUUACACAAACCCAUAUCUCAAAUCCCUUUUUCUUCUCUUUCACACUGUCUUAACACUUCUCUUGAUUAUGGAAUCUCAACACUGCUUGUCUUCUUCACCAAAAAUGCUGAUCCUGCCACUCAAAACCCAAGUUAUCCCUUCCGGGUCAGUACCCAGAUCACCAAACAAGCUUCCUUUCCACCACAAUGUGAGUCUUACCGUCUCUCUCACAGUUGGCACUCCACCACAAAAUGUCUCCAUGGUUAUCGACACCGGAAGUGAACUCUCCUGGCUGCACUGCAACAAAACACUAUCCUACCCAACUACAUUCGACCCGACCCGAUCCACAUCUUACCAAACUAUCCCUUGUUCUUCACCCACCUGCACCAACCGGACCCAGGACUUCCCAAUACCUGCUUCAUGUGACUCCAAUAAUCUCUGCCACGCCACCCUUUCUUAUGCUGACGCUUCUUCCUCCGAGGGAAAUCUCGCGUCCGAUGUUUUCAACAUUGGGAGCUCCGAUAUUUCCGGUUUGGUCUUUGGGUGCAUGGAUUUGGUUUUCAGUUCGAACUCUCAUGAGGAUUCUAAGAGUACCGGUUUAAUGGGCAUGAACCGUGGGUCGCUCUCUUUUGUUUCCCAAUUGGGUUUCCCGAAAUUCUCUUAUUGCAUUUCGGGAACCGAUUUUUCGGGUCUUUUACUUCUCGGCGAAUCCAAUUUGACGUGGUCGGUGCCAUUAAACUACACCCCCUUAAUCCAAAUAUCAACCCCAUUGCCUUACUUUGAUCGGGUUGCCUACACGGUACAGCUUGAAGGCAUUAAAGUUUUAGAAAAGUUGCUUCCUAUACCGAAAUCAACUCUCGAACCAGAUCAUACAGGUGCUGGUCAAACCAUGGUUGACUCGGGAACCCAGUUCACGUUCUUACUCGGACCUGCUUACAAUGCUUUGAGAACCGCGUUUCUGAACCAAACCAGCAGUGUUUUAAGGGUUUUAGAGGAUCCAGAUUUUGUAUUUCAAGGGGCUAUGGAUUUAUGUUACCUGGUCCCGCUAAGUCAACGCGUUUUACCACAGUUGCCAACGGUAACUUUAGUGUUCCGGGGAGCCGAAAUGACAGUAUCGGGUGAUAGGGUAUUAUAUCGGGUUCCGGGUGAAUUGAGGGGAAAUGACUCGGUGCAUUGCUUGUCAUUUGGGAACUCUGAUUUGUUGGGCGUGGAGGCAUAUGUGAUUGGUCAUCAUCACCAGCAAAACGUGUGGAUGGAAUUUGAUCUUGAGAAAUCAAGGAUUGGAUUGGCACAGGUACGGUGUGAUUUGGCUGGCCAGAGAUUUGGUGUGGCCCUGUAGGGUCCACAUAUUUAAUUUCCCACAUGAGAGAUU